GCGGGAAGUGGUGCGAGACUGGAAAGCACUGUCUGGGCUCUCACUGCAAACCCCAGGCGGUCUGGGACAUCUUUAAAAGUCCAGCUUACACCCCUAGUCCCGCUCGCCCAGUUCUUCAACUUAAUUUCUUACCGGUGCCAACUAUUAUCUCCCUCAUUGGGUCGGACGGCAGAUGUGGGGUCCGGUAGAUAUGGAUUCAGGUCGGGUAUGGAAUUCCCGGCCAACCCUGGCAUUUCAUCUCUGCAGAUCUGCUCCGUUUCCUUCGCAUGGGGGCCUUGUCCUCGGCUUCACCGCUGCAUCCCCACUGCCUAGAAUAGUGUGAGGCAUGCAGUCAGCCCUCACUAAAUAUCUCUUGACUGAGUGCAUGUUGGUAAUGAUAAUAACCACCGGGUGUUGUGAGAAUGAAUGAGUGAUUCUGUGCAAGCGCCUUGUGAUUUGUUAUAAAAGUAUUAUUCGCUAUUUCCCUUGUAACAAAGCGUAUAUUCUUCUUCCUUUUUUUCUUUUUUUCUUUUUUUUUUUUUUUAAGAAGGUACUAUUCACGAAUUGAUUACCCGGGAAUACACUUCUACUUCUCUAUCACAGUCCUCCUCCAGAAUACCAAAUCAUCCUACCUUCUUCUAAAAGUGUUGUCUACACCUGACCCUGAUACUAUUACUGUAGCUGUGCAUAUCUAGUUAUAUACAGUUGUGCUCUAAAGAAAAAAAUCAAUUGCAUCUGCUGAAAGAACUGGGAAUGGAGUCAGAUAUUGGAUCCAGUGCCAGUAUUGCCGCCUACUGGUUGGGUGACUCUGGCAAGUCACUUCCCGCCUCUGUGCCUCAGUGUCUCCACCUGUAGCCUUCCGAGGACUAGAAUACUAUCUUCGUGAGCAAGGAUGGACGCGCCACACAAGGACGCGUCUGUCGCCCGCGCUUUCGACCUCCCUCCAGGCGCAUCCCGCUUUUACAAGUUGGGGCACGCUUCUGGGAUGCCCGCCCCAGCCGGAGAUUCACGAGGUGAUGGUGAGCCAGAGCUUACAGCAGCCGCUGCUGGGUCUCCCAGGCUUGUCCCACCCGGGCCGCCUAGGUGCAUACCCCCUUGCCCCUCCCUCGCACCCUCCUCCCCCCUGCCCCUGUGUACCCUUCUCCGGCUCCACCCCGCCUUUCUCCCCGCCCCGCCCUCCCGCCCACCGCUCGGCGCAUGCGCCGCCCACAAAACGUGUUUUUAUAAAAGUCCAGCUUUGGCCAGAAACUUCAGUCUGUUGGCUGCGGCAGCAGGUAGCAAAGUGACCCUGAGGACUUGA